AUGGAAGAGAGUGUUGCGGAUAAAGCGACUGAAUGCCCGUAUGUGGCAGGUAGUAAGAUCACGCUACAGCUAAACGGUCGCCCGGUUCAAGCCACAAUCGUCAAAACCUUCGAACCCUGGACUUUUUCAUGUUCUAUGGUCCUUUCAUUUGAUUCCGAUCUUUCUGAUCUAGGUAUUGAAGGAAAUGUGGUCCUGAAGAUUUAUGACCGACGGUUUUCAAUCGAACUACGCCAUAAAGUGGCUCCUUGGACCCCGGAAACUGAGAGAGAACUUUAUAAGUUCCUUUGUUUAGACGAAGGAAGGGAGUUUGCGAUUGAGAACGAGAGGAGUACCAUAAAAGAAAGAGAAGAACAGCGUUGUUUUAUGCCAACGAUCAUUGAAGAUGAUACCGGCGAGGACCAACAAAACACCUAUGAGCAGGACAACGGCAACAAGGAUGACAACGCCAACAAGAACGACAACGCCAACAAGAACGACAAUGCCAAGUCCAAAGGCACUCUCUCCAGCUUCUCCAUGCUCUCAAUCAAGCUCCUGUCUCCUAUCUUCCAUGCUUGCAAUAUGGUUUCCCAUGGUCUAUUCUGCGCCAUCCGCUUUUUUCGCACUGGAGUCACCGCGCUCCUUCCCUGGGGACGUCAUAAGAUCGUUGACAUUGAAACCCAAGAGGUCAGCAGAAAUGCUGAAGCCAACGGAAACAAUUCUACCCACAAAACCCAUGGGAUAAAUGGAGAACAACAGACCGACAGUCUCGAUGCAGCGGUCGAGGAUGUAGGGGACUCUGGAGAUGAAGAAGCAGAGUGGGAUUACCUAUGUGACGAGGUAGACCUAUACAUUUCAAAGCAGUCUUUCUACGAAUCAGAGAUCCGAGCAUAUGAGGCGAUGAAAGAUCUGCAAGGCAUUCAUGUCCCCCGAAUUUUUGCACAUACCAAAAUUCUGGGGCCAGAAUACACCCAAGGUCAGCCCCUCAGUCGGUAUUUCGAACACCCUGGGAUUCUUAUGGAAUACAUCGAAGGAUUCCCUCUGCACGAAAUUGACGAAAAUGCCCCAAGGAAAGCAUGGCAGCCCAUUAUUGACAGUGCUGUCGAGAUUGUCAACAACAUCAUGCACCAUGGAAUCCUCAACGAUGAUGCGAAUGUAAGGUGCUUUAUCGUGCAACCUGACCCAGCCAACGAUUCGGAUUCCGAAUACAAAUACAAAUUGGCUAUGAUCGACUUUGGUCAUAGCAGUGUUCGUACACAAUAUUCACCCAGAGAGGACUGGCGAUGGUGGCAAGCACAUAAUGAUGCAGAGGGAGCGAUCGGAGCAGUGAUGGAUCGGAUAUUGAAGAGGGAAUAUGGGGGAGGUUACGUCUAUACACGGACGCCAUAUCGUCAAGCGCUUCAAAAUGAUUACAUGAAGGAAGACAAUUGCACAGACCUCAACGAGAGACCUAUGCUAAGCAUUGAAUGA